AUGCUGCGAAGUUUGCUGGGCAAAUCAAGCAGCCGAUCGACGAGCUCCAAGUCCGAGCGGCGUCGGCAUCGCGAUCGAGAUGAGCGAUCAACAACGUCGUCGUCUCGCCACAAGUCAAAAAGCUCUCACAAUUCGUCGUCGGGUCGAAAGUCUACACGAAGUGACGAUCGUGGUUUGGACAUCGAUCCCGAAUUGCCCACACAUUCCUCUUCUUCCCAUAGAUAUUACCCCGAGAGCGAGGCGAGAUCGACGGUCUCCAGCAGCUACGUAACGGCGGAUCCUGGAUGGCCGGCGGAUGAUGGCGAUAACAAUGGAAUUCAGUCGAGAAGCGAAUAUGUCGACGCUGAGCACAGUGCGCUUGAUUCAGAUCUCCACGGAACGAGGACGCUCCGGUCCGAGUCUAGAAGACAGGAGCGACGCGCGCGCGAUGAUGAAAGCGACCGGGGCCAUGAAAUUCCUCGUAGGAAGGAGGUGGAUGAGGAGCGAGAAGAGAGAAGGCGACGCAGGAGAGAAAGAGAAGCGCUGGAGCAGACUGGGCCACAGAAAGAGGAACAGCGGCAUCGACGACGGAGGGCUGAUAGUGGGGGCCUUGAAGAACGAUCGCUUUAUUCUUCUUCGCGCGCUGGUCCGCAUCCGUUGGAAAGCCGUAUUCCGGAGCCUUCUUCUUCUUUUCCUUCUUCUCAGUCUGCGCGACUAGAAAAUGCCACGGUACCGGUUUCGAUACCUGGUACUUCGGCCUCGCAAUACGCAUCAACACAACCCCAAGCCCCGAUACCUUCGCCGCCAACCUACGGAUUGGCAGCUGAAUACUACAAUGAUCAGGGACAGUCGGUCGCUACGCAGCCUGGUGUUAGACCGAAUCCGCCCACGAUCAUCGCUGGGACACAACCGCAUUUAAUGUCGCCUUUGGGAACAGCCGCGCCUCCCACGGAGCCUAGUGCAUUGGGCCAAACUGGUGCUGCCGCAUCCUUCUACAAUGUUUCGCCCACAGAAGCGAGCGAACCUCUCCCACCUUCAAAUGCUCCAGGGCCGUCAACGGGACCUCCGAAACCCGAAACCGUUCCAUUCGUCCCCCAUCCCGCUACCUAUGGAAUUGACCCUGGGCAAUUGGAUGGCCACGAAACACAGAUGAUCCCUCAGAGCACGCCCGUUCGACCACACAGUUAUGCAGGUGGAUAUCAACAACCUCACCAUUCGUCGACAUUGCACUCUGGGAUGGGAAGCCUUGGAGCAGGUGUUGGACUUGCAGCUGCCACAGGUGCUGCGUACAAUACAUUGCAUAAACCGCAUCAUUCUGGCCACGUCCAAACUCAACCAGGAACAUUAGAGUUUCAUCGCAAACACCAUGGCCCCUUGCGCCGAUUCAUUGAUUUCUGGAAAGAUCCCGAGGGUGUUGCACAGUUCGAAGAGUAUUCGGAGAUAACUGGAAUUUGCAAGUACUGCUUUGAGCCCGGCACGACAGCACAAGAUGCUCCUCGAAAACACAAUUAUAGCCGUCGAUAUUCCUACGAUCCUCAUGCUAGCAGAACUAGGGUCGAUAAGCAUAGUCGAUAUGCUUCAUCCGAUGAUGAAAGCCGCCGCAAACGAUCAAACAGGAAAUCCUGGCUUGCUGGGGCUUUGGCUUCGUAUGUUGGGAAAUCGGUUUAUGACCAGGCCAGAUCGACCCGGACUGAUAACUCCAGCACUACAUCCAAACAUUCGACGGGUUCGAAAUAUUCACAGAGCAUGCACAGUGUAUCCUCGCUUGGGACGAAAAGUCGUACCUCGCGAGGUGUCACGACAGUUUCAGGUCGCAGCCAUUCUCCAAGUCUGCUUGAGGAUAGGUAUACUGAAUUCCGAAAAGUAGGUAGCAGUUCUUAUGGUUUGCCUUCUGACGAUUUCGACUCUAAAUCCCGUGCAUCGCGACGUCCACGGUCAGCGUCGGAGACGUCUUCCACAUCAGAAGCGACACGAGGCACAAAGUUGACGGGGACCGCACUUGCUGCAGCCGCAGUUGGUGCUGCUGCUUCACCAUCAAAUCUUCGCCGCAAGAGCCGAAGCCGUUCACCUAAGAAAUAUCGGCGGAGGAAAUAUUCGUCCUCGUCUUCAUCAGGUUCCCUUGUCGAUAUAUCCCGCCCGUCUGGUAAGCCGGGCCUAGCGGGGCUAUCGUAUUUCUUUACUGCUCCUUCAGAGAGGCGAUCAAGCGACAAAGGAGAAAAGCCGAAGAAGAAGACCGCGAAGAGAGGCUUUUUUGGCUUCCGUUCCGUAUCCCCAUCCUCGUCAGAUGAUGCUGAUCUUGCCUUUGGUACUGGGUUUUACCGCACACGUUCCCGAAAAUCUAAGAGCAAAAAACAAGAUGACCAUGAUUUAGACACUAAACUUCUUGGCUUGGGAUCGACUGCCGUUUCUUUGGCCAGCGCUGCGUCUCAUAUGAAUGGGCGUCGUCGGCCUGAUGUUGUGGCUGUAAAAGAAGUGCACCGCCGCGGUGAAAAAAGGAGCAGCCAUAAGUCAAAGAAGUCCUCCGGUCACGAAGCACUUGAUGAUGAUGGCUGGGAAUCAGUGGGAGAGUCAAGUUUAGAUUCGGACCUGGCGUAUGGUGGUUCGUCGGAUUCAGGAACGUCGAUAUGGCGCUGGAAAUGGGGCAAACGCCGUGGAGAUAAAUCAAAAGCUACCAAACCUCGUGAGCCAGAUUUGACGCGAAUUGACCGACCUGCUGUUAUUCACGAUCGGCCUCCACCAAGUGAAAGCGGUACUAGUCUCCCAUCCAUGCACCAUGUCGACCCUAUUCCUGCGUCUGAUAUAUCUCGAUUCGAUGCUGGGACAGAGAGUUUUAUUUCAACCUCUACGUCCAAUCAACCCCGAGAACCUUUCGAGAAAAAUUAUGUUCCGCCGGCGGUCGAGUCGGAGCAAGUUGAAAAGGAACUACGAUUGCAGAAACUUGAAGAAGAGAGAAAAGCUCUGCUCAAAGACCGUGCAUCUCGUGUAUCGCCAGACUAUACCACUUCUAAACCGGAACCGAGUCCGCGGCGUGAUCCCCCACGUAAGUAUGUGGAAAUCCGCCCCAAAGACUGGGACGAACUAAGUGACGACUCCUCAAAUUAUUCAUGGUCAGUCCCUGCUGCUGCAGCUAUAGUGGGUGCAGCCUCUACUUCUGCCGUUUUAAAUGAUCUGGAUGGAAAGAAAAGUGAUAAAGGAAAAGAGGGGCGACAGGAGCAAAGAAUAAAGCAACGUCACAGCUAUGAGCUAUCGGACGAGGAUUCAUCGUUCGCAGCCAAAGGAAAACCAAAGGAACAUAGACGGGACGGGAACGAGCAAAGAAGGAAACAGGUUCGCAGCUACGAGGCAUCGGAUGAGGAUGAGCCAAUUAUAUCCAAAGUAGAACCGAAAGAAAUCCAACAAAGUGAUGAUAGAUCUAAGCGAAUGGCCCGGCGCAUCGUAAGAGAAGCCACGAAGCGCGUUAUAUCGUCGCCAGUUCAUGAGAGUUAUGUCGAAUAUUUUGCCCCUGAUGAGGUGCGGUCGGCUAAAAGCUCUCCUCGAUCAGAUGUGAGCUCGGAAUUUUAUUCAGUCAGUGAGUCGCCAAAGGUAAAGUUUGACAGGGAAAUGUCGCGGAUGCGUGAAGGUGCCAGCACUACAGGUCUUCCCUGGCCCGUUCCUCUACUCAAAUUGAUCGAGCCAACUCCUCCACAUAGUUCUGCCGCAUCGGUCAUCUCUGAGGACACUUUCCCUGAAGCUCCUGAUGAAGUUUCCAGUCCCACGGAACGCGCAGACAAGACUAUGGAUCCUCAAGUUUUGCCUUACGAGGCGGAGGAAGUUCGGGCAAAUGGUGAUUCGCUGGACCGCGAGGUAUCGCCUUCUGAGAUACAAGAUACUCGGAGCAAUGUAGCGUCCGAAAGGGGAGAUGUGAAGCAGGAUCGUCUUGUAGGUCUUGGGAUAGAUGCCGAACAAAAUCCUACCGAAAAGGGCACGGAAGCUUCAACCAAGCAACAAGCGACGGAAAUUCCCAGGCCAGUUGAGGUGAAAUAUGCCGAAGACAGCGAUGAUAGCUCUGUUGAAGAAGUCGUGUAUCAACAUAUACCUGGUGGAUUUGAGGAUGACAUUGAAUUUGCUGCUACCCUAGCCGCCGGUGCGAGGAUAGCAGGUUUUGAUCCUUCCAUUGUCACCAACGACCCUAUGUAUCAUUCUCGCAGCUCUCCUAAUGACUCUGAAGCCGAAGAUAUUCCGGCCCGAACCGUGUCCUUUGAAGAAUUGGAUGAUGCUUCCGUUGGUAGACGUAUAUCUCCCGUCCAUGGAUAUGUGGAGCCUGAGUCGUUGCCCGCGUCUGACACUGAGGAGGAGAAAGGUUCUUCCGUGAAACUGCCAUCUCAGAUUCCUGCCGAAAAGCAGCCUGCUCCCCGAGAACAAGAAAGCAAAGACGUCUUCCAUGACGUUGUUCAUGCCGAACCUACUACAUGGACCCCCUUAAGGCAUCAGCUUCCUAAACACCGAGUCUCGCAAGAUGAAAGUGAGCCUAGAAAUCGAGGCCUCUCCGAUGCUGAAGAGGGGCGAACGCCGAUUAAUUUGAUCAGUGAGGGAAACAGUGCUCAAGGACAUACGCCAUUGGCGAGCGAACACUCAAUCCAACCCCCUUCUUAUUCCGCGGACUUUGUACAGUCGCUACCCCAGACUAUAACCCAGGCGCCGACUGUAACCCGAGGUGCAGGCGAACCCACCGAUUUGAUCUUGCCAGAAAAUUCAACCCAACCUGAACACGAUAUCGAACAGACGAAAAGCAAGAAAUCGCGAAAAAAGUCUAAGAACAAGAAGAAAAGCGGCGAUUUAGAGGCCAAGGGUGUUGAUUCCGAGACUUCUAGAUCACAAGCUCAGGAAACUGAUGAUCUCAAAAAUCAUGAACUCGAGACAAAGCUGGAAGACCAUCUUGAUAUGGCAGAUCUGUUUCCACCAGCACUCCCUGGGUCCUGGGAGAUCGACUCCCCGUCUCGACAGGAAACGGCUAAGGAGGAGACUGAGUCUCCAACAGAGCCAUCGGGAAAAGGGAAGCGAAAGAAAGGAAAGCGUAAAAGCAGCGGCUUUUCAGGGAUGGAACAAGCAUCCGCGGCCUCAAACUACCUAGAUGACGAGUCUGCAGGACCAGAGAUUAAGCCACUACCUAAACAAACUGUUGAUGUCAAGGAUUCCGUUAUAAAGGAGCCUCCAUUAGACCCUCCAGAGAAACCUGACGAAGAUGUGAUAGGCUGGCCGUCUCAGAAGCAAAAGCGUAAGGAUCACCAGGUGGGCGCUACGGCGACUGAACCUGUAACAAGUGAACCAUCAAUCCACGAUCGUGACUCGGUACCGGAGCCUUUUUUAGAGUGUAGCCCCGAAAUACCGUCCAAGGAUGAUGGUGCUUCCGGGGCUGAUACAAGUUCUCAGCUUGCGGAUCUCCCGGUAGAGCCCACUACUCCUGUCAAUUCCAUUCCAGUGGAGAUGAUUUUCAGCCGCCGUGCUCGCAGUCGCUCAAGUUCACCACUCCCAGGCCAAAAGUUUGAACUUCCGCGUCUGUCUCGGAGCCGGCCGACUUCGCCAGAAACAACCAGGUCAAGACGAAUCUCGGUUCGUGGUGAUCCCGACCUCAAUCCACUUGCAACUCCUUCGCCAACUGCCGUACCGUUGUAUUUCCGUCGGCCUGUUAGUUGUCAUGGAUCUCCAACAACCGGUGCGGCACCUCCUUUAUCAGGGUCACCAACGACGGCAAAGGGACAUAAAAGGCCAAAAUCGACUGAGUUCAAAACUGAUCGGGAGCUGCGACCACUUUGGCUUGUUGAGCGGCAUAAUUUUGCAAAAGUAGAACAACCUCAGGAAGGUCCAUAUCCUUCCCUUCCAUCGAGCCGGACAACCUCACGGACUGCUUCAGUAGAAGAUUUUAAGGCUUAUGGCCAACCAGAAUUUGCCUACGACCAGCUGUUUUCUCCUCGCCGUCAACCACUGUCAUUGCAUAUUGAUACACGCCAGGGUCCACCCAACGAAGAUAUUUUGGGCUCCAAACAAGCGACGCCAACAGCGGAAGAUUUCCAACAGGCGCAGAAGAGACAUAAGCCGCAGUACGAAUUUCAUUCGCCUUCAGAAUUACUUAUGGGGCCAUUUGGUGCGGCUGAUGUGCCACCGCCGUUACCACCAAUUUCAUGUACGGUUCUCCCCUUAGACCAGGAUCUGCCGCCGCUGCCAUAUAGCGGCCCUCCGAGUCCCGUCACCGAAGCCGAAUCAUGGCGCACGGCUGGGGAUAGAUCUAGCAUAAGUGCCCGAUCUGAUUCCACUGUCAUACCGGAUUUUAGUUACGAAUAUCGAUCCCCCGUGGAUCGCGGCCAAGCACCAGAUUUUGGAAGUCGUCCAUCAACGGCUCUUAGUGCAUAUGAAUCAGCCGUGGAAUAUGAGCACUACGGAGACCGUACUCCUAUUGCUGCUUCUCCAACAUCUGUUGUAGAAGCGCCUGCCAUUAUCAUGAAUUCCCUUGAGAUGGAAAAAAGAGCAGAGGAACCUUCUGAUGGACUACGGAUGGGAGAUGAGGCCUGUACUGAUUCUGUUGUACCUGAAUCUCCAACCAAAGACAGGUUUGUGGAGUCACGCAGCGGAGCCGGUCGUGAGAUCUCGGAUAAUGCUACAAAAGAAGUUUUCGAGCCUGUCGACGCUGAGGUACCCGCCAGUCCCCAAGAGGAAGUGCCAGCCGAUGUCAAUAUCCCCAUCAUCGAAAAAGCUGAUGAUCUUGAACAAAUCUCGCCUGGCGACGAAGAAAACACCCCGAGACAGAAAGUCACGGAAACCUGGGAUGAAACGCUGACCAAAUCUCCAAAACUGUAUCCACAGAUGGAACCCGCUGUAUUACAGGAUGAAAGCCAAGAUAUUUUCGAGCCCACAACAACUAGCCAUAAGGAUAAGCCUUCAGAUGUCGGCUCUGAACUCGAAGCGGAAUCUCUUAAACUGGACGUUGACAUUGUUCCUGACAAGGCAGAUGCACACGAAGACGGCCAUCAAAAGGAUGUGACGGCUAAGCGCGUGGUGCAGGAAGAAAAGCAAGAACUACCAGGGCCAGAAGCCACUGUUGAUACUGAUAGCCAUAUAGCCACUGAUUAUGCAACCUCAGACCUUUCCAAAGCUCCUGCUUACGUGGAGCCGACAAUUCUCUCGAAUGAUGAAGUUACCGUCGAGCCCGUUCCUCUAGAGCAAGCUGAAGGGACUUCGCCCGAACUCAACCCCCUGGAAGCAAAGCAAUUUACUGAAAUGGCUGGUGCAUUUCCCGAAUUCGCUUAUUCUCCCAACAUUAGUGGUGUUGUGACCCCUGUUGCAGGCAACGAUAAUGAACCUGCAGGGAUAGAGGAAGAUUUUAAAGCUUCUUCUACCAAGCCCAAGAAAGGUAAAAAGGGGAAGAAGAAGGAUAAAGGAUCAAGUGCAGGCGUGAAGACUGAUAUCCAAGAAGAGGAACGACCUUUGCCCACCGAAGAUAUCCCUGAACCUAAUUUAUCCAAUAUCAGUGACGAGGGACCCCCAGAACCUGCAGCAUUUCUUCUCCCUGAAGAUUUGAAACAGCCAUCCGACGAGCCUAACCUCGCUCUAAAAGAAUUUACAGAAGCUGAUUUUGCCCCUGUUUCCAGAAGCAAGAGCAAGAAGGGCAAGAAUAAGGGCAAAGGGAAGAAACAAUCUGCUACAAUGAAACCUUCUUCCGAUGAUGCCAACGAAAAAGAAGAGGACAAGGCAGUCGAACAGCCAAUGCCUCUGCCAACGUUUGCUCCCAGUGGUGAUGUAAUUGAAGAGAGAAGCGCUACCAGCCCUCUCGACGAGCCUUCACUACUUCCUCAUGCCGCCGGCGAGGUUCCUGAUGACGCAAAAGCUGACGCUGCUCCUGUUCUAACUGAAGAUGAUGAGAAAACGGAAACCGAAAAACGGCCAUCUGCUGAAAUUUCCCCUCCGGCUGAAAGGGAAGAGCGGGAAGAAGGACCAAAGGAGGAGUCCUUAGCUGAAGCCAAUUUUGGGUUACCGGAGCCACUACAAGACAAAAGUCGCUACAUACCCGGGGUGGAACCCUCGGAACAGCCUGCAACUGCUGAUCCUCUUGUUGAACGCUUCGACCCCGAUGUUGUUAUCGCUCCCCCUGGAGAAAGCAAGGGCAUCCCAAGCUUAGAGAAGAUAGCAGAGAAGAAGCUAGCAAACCCUGAGGACCUUGAGGGGCAACAAAUAGGGCAACCUGAACUAAAUCCAGCCCCUGAAGCUUCAGAGUUGAACCAAUCACUGGAACCUGUUCCUUUACCAGAUGUAUCGCACGGGACUGUAGAGGAAGUGGAUGGAGAGUUCGCACCCAUGCUUUCUAAAAGGGAGAAGAAGAAAAAGCGCAAAAAUAAGCAGUCCUUAAGUGAAACAGCCCCUGCAAUGGACAAGACUGAAGAAGAACAAGCAGACAAAUCUGUUGUGGUGGAACCGGCUCAGAUUCCCGGAAAAGAGGAAGCGGAAGGAUCUCAUCCUGCGCUAGAAGAUGCGCCCUACGAAGCCGCUAAAACGAUGGAAGCUACAGAAGCUGACUUCUUGCCUAUGUUGUCGAAAAAGGAGAAACGGAAAAAUCGUAGAGGCAAAAAGGCCACGCCAGAAGACUUUAUUGCAGAGGAGAAAACAGUGGAAGCGGAAGAAGACAAAGUCCCUGAUGCCGCAGAGCCCCUUGAAUCAUCUGAGCCGUUAGGACAACCUGUUUUCAGUAGCAUUAACCCAGAGAGCCCUACCGAAGUAAGUGAGACCACUCAGGUUGAAACUGAACCCGCUCAAUCCAAUAGGGGCAAAAAGAAAAAAAGGAAGGGGGCGCUACAGCUUGAUGAUGCGAAGAAGGACGAUACAGAGCUUACUGCUCCGGACACGAAAGAGCUUGAUACCGUAGUCGCCACGGAAAUUACCAGGGAACAACCCGUGGAUGACACUGCUCCAAUAGCUGAUGCUGCUCCCAAGCAGCUGCCCGGUGAAUUCGAAGAACCUUUUGAGACUGAACCCGAACCUAUCAUCCCUGCUAGCGAGCUUUUACCUUCUGAGGGUCCUUUAAAUGCUGUAUCUGGUCUGGAACCCGCAAGUGAAGGGCAACAAAUUGAAAAUCCUGUUUCCUCCUCGCAAGUUGAUGUUCCCCUCGAGCCAACUGAAUCAAACGAAAAUGAUAUGUGGCCCAUCUCUCGUAAAAAGAGCAAAGGCAAGAAGGGCAAAGGUAUGAAAGUGUCAACCGGUGUCGAUUUACCGGAUGUUGACUCGCAACGGCUUGAUGAAGCCACUCCUGACCCAAUGGCGUCUGAUGAUAAAGCUGAGCCUCCGCAACUUGGAACAGAAGCUCAACCCGCCGAUGAUGGCAUAACCGCACCGACGAUGGACGCUACUGAGGCUAACUGGGCGCCCAUUUCGCGAAAGAAAAGUAAAAAGGGGAAAGGCAAAGGUAAACAGCGCGAAGUUGAUACAGUUCAGAAGCCAAUUGAGCCGCACUUUGAAGAGGAUGCAAAACCUCCCCUAGAAGUAACCCAUGAUGCUGAGCAUGCCCCCGCUGAAUCUCAAGAUGACCCGUUGCCUGCUGGCCCUAAAGCUACGGAAGAGAAUGUCGAGAUAGAUGGUGGCUUGGAAUGCCCUGAAUCUAUAGAUCAUGGGCAGGAAAUCCUAUCGUCUGAGGUCUCUUUACCCCUUCUCAUGGGAGAAACGCAUGAUUUAACGCGUGGCGGACUUGAUGCUGUGGAAACAUCAGCGGAGGAUUUGACUAAAGACGAAAAUCGGGGUUUGGCAUUUGACCACAGCACUUCCAACGACGGUCUGGAGCACGAAAAGAAUGUCGAGUCUCAGGUGUCAUUUGACCAUCCCGAAACGGUGCCCUCCUGUCCGGAUGAAAAAAAGGAUGUGGAACCCUCCUCUAAUACAGAAAAAGUUGAUACUCCGUCGCCAUCAAACGCUCCCGAAAUGGACGAAUCCAAUAGGCCAUUUACUUUAGAAGAGCCGAUCAACAAUCAAGAUUUGAACUCCAAGAAGUCGCCCGAAUCUCCUAUUGAGAAAGUACCUCUACAGGACGAAACACCAAUACAGGUUGACUUUCAGGCCCCGUCCUCAGAAUCACAGGAACAAGACGCAUCGCUAUCAGAAACUCAACACUCCCUUAGUCACACUGGUCCCGAUACUAUGGCUGGAGUGAAUGACGAUGCCGCGGAUAACCUCUGGGCCCAACCCAAGGCAAAGAAAGGAAAGAAGGGAAAGAGAAAAGGUAGAGAUUCCAUCUCAACAGCUGUGCCUGAAGCUCAAGAGCCCACCCCAAACGACUCUUUCUUACCGACCAACAAUGAGCCGCCAACAGAUGCAACGGCUCCUUGUUCAACCGAAGCUGAGCCAGCUCCAUGGACAGUGGAGCCAGAGCAGACGGCACUGGAAAGUAUCGAUACUGAAAAACACAAGCCUAGCGAAUCAAAGUCCGAACUUGAGGCCGCGGAGCCAGCCACUGAGACACAACCACAUCUGCCAAUCUCGUCUAUCGCAGAAUCAGAUGUUUGGUCGAUUGCAAAGCCUUCCAAGAAACAAUCCCGAAAAGAUAAAAAAAGGAAGCAAAACACCCGGGCCACCCUUCAGGAAUCUCCCACAACAGAUGAUGAUAAUUUCGAGGAUGCCCUAGAAACCCCUCCUGAGACCACCGAAAAUCAAGCUUCUCUUGAACCUGUAGCUGACAGUCAACUGCAAUUGGAAGUCGAAUCGACUCGACGGGAUUCUCCAAACGAAUUCCUUGAGGGUGUACCUGCAGAAAAUGUGGAACCUGCCUCGAUUGUCCCGCUUGACAUUAUCGAUGAGCCGCAAUCUCAAGAAAUGCCCAGUCUAGAAAAGGAAAGUCGCCAAACAAUUGAACAGGAGCCGGAUACGACUGAGAAAGAUUCUCUCGCUAAACCAACUAUCCCAGAGCUCCCUAUUGAAGUUUCAACUGGAGCGGAGAUCAAUGAACUAAUCCAUGAAAGUGAGAAGCCUGGCACCGGAGCUGUUUUUGAAGCGGCCAAAACAAAGAAAGGGAAAAAGGGUAAGAAGGGCAAAACGCAGCUUCCGAUGCCGUGGGAAGAGGAAGAACCUGCAAUUCAAGAGCCCGACGAGUCGGCCUCUCAGCAAAAGCCCAUUGACGAGGUUGCCGGAGGAGACCUACCGACGGAGGAACAGGAGUUUGGAGAACCAAAAUCUGCUAAAGCUAAACGAAAAGCGAAGAAAGCGAAGGGAAAGCAGCGAGAGUCGACAUCAUGGGAGGAAGAAGUUCCCCCUUUGGCACCCCCAGACGUGGUUGACACAAUCAACACCGAAGCCGACUUACCGGGCGAGUCUGUAACUAAUGUCCAGCAAGCAAUUGAACCCGAUUUUGAGGAGCCAAAGUCAGGCAAAUCGAAACGGAAAGCCAAGAAAGAUAAGAAAAAACAAUCUUUCGACUGGUCUGAAAUUGCAGAAACGCCAGAGGCUGUUCCAACUUCAACUCCUGACACACCCGGUUUCCCCGAGCCUGGACAAGACGACGAUGAGCUAAUAAACGCUACUGAAACUCCUACCCGAAAGAUAGUGACCGAUAUACCCGAAGAAUUGCAGGAGGAACGACCACAAUCAAACGAGACUAUUGAGGUUGAAAAUAUGGUUGAGAACGCUGAAGCGGACGGUAAAGAAUUUCAAUCUUCCAAGAAGAAAAAAAGAAAAUCAAAGAGAAACGCUAAGGCGACCGAUUGGACUGAUGAAAUUCCCCGUAAGCAGGUUGUAACGGAGCCUGCUGACCAAGAUCCUUCGCGAUUGGCAGUUACAGAGGUAUCCGAGACAGACGAUAUUCCCGCGAUCGAUGCCCAGAAUAAAGACCAGAAAACCGGCAACAUUCUCGAAAGUGAAUUGAUUUCUCGUCAAUUGCGAAUACUGCCCGAGGAUAGUACCGACAGCGCUGCCGCAAAUCCAUUGCCAGACGUUACGGAGCAACAGCUGUCACCCGAUAUCGACCCUGUGACCGAACUCCCGGCACCGAGAUCAUCACCCAAGUCUACCGAAGCUGAUUCAGGGGCAUAUUUAAAAGCAAUCGAGAAUGAGGAUCUUGUUGAAGAGCCGCAGAGUGACUUGGCUGAUUUCGAAAUCGUACCCCUUGGCCCUGAAACUCAACAAAAUUUCCCCGAUGAUGGCAGCGCACAGAACCAUGGUGGUCGUUCUACCCCCGAACUAACUUCGGAAAAACAUCCUGCAAACAAUCAAGACCAAUCAGAGGGGGAUGUAGCAUUGGAAGCUAUGGCUUCCGAUGAACAGUCCCCUUGUCAUAUUGCCUCGCCGGAGUCACCUGGUAUAAUUCAGAGCCCAUCAUUGGUGACUAGAAUUCCGGAAAUCCAUGUUGGCGGUAACGAAAGGGAGUUGAUAGGCCCUACCUUUCCCGAACUAACCCAUGAACCAGAGUUGACAGAACAGCCAAUUGAGAUCAAUCCAGAAUUGCCGAUUUCAGCGGCUGUACCUGGCCUUCUCACUGACCCUUCCAUGGCGGAAUGCGAAGAACCGGCUAUGAAACUCGACCAAAUCGAUGAUAUUGAUGAUCAUGUUGAGGAGGGUCAAGGAGAAGGUAUUGCCGUAGAACAAAGUGGUGAAACGGACCAGUUUAAGAAUGUCCAGCAGGUGACAUUCUCCCAAGCCGAUGAACAAGGCAGAAACGAGACUACCAUAGAUGAAACGGCAAAACCUAAGCAGAAGAAAAGCAAAAAGACAAAAAAGGGGCAGGACACGGGAGACACUGCUGAGGCUGUCCGCAAAAAGGAAGACAGCGCUGAUUCACCCGAAAACGCCGAUCCUGCUGCUCUGGAGCCACCGAAGCACCUUCCAUCGAAGAAGGAGAAACGAGCCAAGAAAAAGAAAGGAAAGAAAUUUGAUCUAGGCGUUAUAGAGGGGAAUAUUAACGACAAUGCGGCAGCAGAAGUGCCAAACGAACUUUUCGACUCCCCAAACUCCGGUAUAUUGCGGGAUACAGAAAAUCAGGCGGAUGAAAAAACACUCGAAAUUUCAGAAACCUCGCCAUCUCAGCCCGAAGCGGUUCCUGCUGCAGAACAAGAAACCCCGGCAAAGAAUUCGAGUGAAGUUGGAUUUGAACUAGGACCUGGAACCCUGGAAGCAACACCUUCGACGCAAGAAAUAUCAACACCAUCACCUAGCAUUGACGAAUUCAAGCGCGAUAACCUCACAGAGGUAGAGAGACCAACUAUGGAACACGACUCGAGUGAGAGAAGCCCGUUAGCAGUUGUUGAGGCUGUUGCGGACAUCAACGUCCCGGAUACCAUCCCUGGUAACCAGCCUACCGAACAGGCCACCCCCAAAAUCAUCCCCGUCGAUAGGAUUGGUACCGCUACUGCUGAAGACCCGAAACCAGACACGCUCGCUGACAAGUUCCCUGGCCUGGAUGAAGCUCUACAGGAAGAGGUAAACCUGGCACCAAACCCUGGAACACAUAAUCCUGCUGAAGAUUCUCGCAUCACCCGCCAAGGUCACUUCCCACAAGAAGGCGAGCUCUUGGCUGACGAGCAGACCGUGUUGGUUUCAGCGGGAGCACCAGAUCAAAGCUCACGCGAAGCCUCAACGAAAUUGAAAGGAGGGAAAAUUAAAAGGGCUUCGAAACAAACCCGCAUCGAUACUCUAAAGUUACCCAAGGAGCCAGAAUUUGCUGAACCCAGCGUGGAAACAUCUAGAUUUCUAGAGGGUAAACCGACCGACGUUCAGGUUGAGAACCGAUUGGAUAAUCCGCAGGCUGAUGGAACUGUAACGGAGCCCCCGGAUACUGUUUUGGUUGGAGCCACAGAAGCCGAGGAGUCUCCACGAAAAGAGCCUGCAGAUGCUAAGGUAAAGGAAGACGCUCCGAGGGAUUUUGAUUCGUUGCCAUCAAUUGACUGGGAUGGCCCUAAGCAAGGUAUGGAUGAUAUAUCCUUUCACGAUGAAGCGUCAAACCCAGAAACCUCUUCUCUUGAUUUACAGCUGUCAGGGGAUCGGAUCCAUAGCACCGAAGAUACUAUUGCAAUGGAUCAGUCCCAUUUGUUUGGUCAAAUUGAAGGCGACAUUGAAGAUUUCGAUGACGAUGCUAAACCCCUUGCUCGUGUUAUAGUUGAUAAUCGCUCCCCGAGUCCUUUUUUAGGCGUUCUCCCGGGUGAACGGCAGAGUGACAGUAAAGAGCAGCCUCCCGAAACUUUUGCGGCAGAUCAUGCGCAUAGCGCGGCUGCACGCCAAUUAAAUCCCCCAAGGCAAACCGCCGAAUCAACUCUAGGUGAAAUUCCCGAGGCUCAUGCAGAAAAGGGGUCACAGUGGAAUAAGUUUGGUGAAAGUGGUGCACCGGGAGAAGAUAUCUGGCCUGUGGCUCAAAAAUUGAGCACAAAAAGAAAGAAGGCCAAAAAUGGAAAGCAAAAGCAGCCAAAUUUCGAGAACACUCUAUCAACAGAGGAACUUGAGCCCACUGCCGGCAUUUCUGGGAUUACUGGACAGGAAAGCCAACCCGACACGAGCCGUAAAAGUUUUGGGCCAACCAAUGAGGAUACCAUCAGCGAACCACCAGUCGAAAGCAAUGUCUCACCGCUCUCGAGACGCAAAUCGAAGAAGAAGAAACGGGAAACCGAAGUUGAGCCGGCGCCCGAGUCAAAGAAACCGGAAGGACCAGAAAUCGCUGAACAGUCCACCGGAGUAGUUGGUAGCGUUUUUCCGCAUCUUGAACGCGUGACUAGGAGAAAAGUAUCCCUUGAACCAAUCCCAGCCUGGGGUAUCAAGAUAAAUCCCGAUUAUACUGAGCAAUGGGACGAAAAAAGUCUGCUAAAAGGAAGCUAUGAUCCCAAAGUAAAUGAAACUGGCGAACGGAGCGUACAAAUGGAUGAGCCUAGUGCAAUGGCGCAAGAUGGAAAAACUAUGCAGGUACCAGAAUUGUCGCCGAUUCUCCGUCCGAUUACUCCUUCAAGGAAGCUAGAACCAACGCCCGAUGGGCCCGACCCUGAGCAUGUAUCUCUACAGCAACCUCCGUCUUUGUUUGGUGGGCCGUUUGGACUAACUGAACCGCACCGUACUCGAUCUCCUCCAAAAACCCCUCUUGCUACAAUCAAGGAGCAAGGUUCAACAGAGUCGCCUUCUCACACCCGUUCUCGUGAAGUUUCAGACGUUGGCUCGCCGGAAAGGGGUAUCAAAUUUGCGAAACUUGACCGGAAGUCCAGCGGCAUAGGACUCGCCAACCACCCAAAGCUCGAGACACCAGAUGCAGGCGCUCGCCGGGUAUCCUAUGAGACUCCAAGGACCACUCCAAAACCAGCAAAACUUCGUUCAUUCUCAGGUCCAUAUGACAACAUCCUCAAAACCCCAGAGAACAGUGAAAUAGCCCGGCCAGCGAGCAUUGUCAGCGUCGAGAGUCUCCGGUCAACAGAUUCACUGCGUCUUCGCCGCAGUCCCGGAAGCGGCGACCUUCGGGCUCAACGCAAAGCCGAGCUCAUCGGCCGGAAAAACGAAUCUCCGACCCAAUCCGAAACAGAAGGCGCGACCAUUGAGGCUCUUGCCUCUUCCUCCAGUUACGACCCGGUUACCGAUAAAGGAAAGCACCCCCUGCGCGGCAUGGCGGCCGAUGUUUAUGUAAGCUAA